AUGUCUAGCUCUCGAGGUGCGCGCAAAGGACUCUUCGUCCACGGCGUCUGGCACUGUGACUGCAGUCCGCGACUGCCCUCAGUGCAUCUACAAACCUCAAAACCAGGCCCGAAUCAUGGGAGAUGGUUUCGCACCUGCAACAAACCUCCACAAGAACAAUGCAAGUUCUUCCUAUGGGACGACGAUGCCCGUACACGAGAGGACGAAGCUGUCGCAAAUACAGCUGCCACUCUCACUUCAGAACACAAGCGCAAACGCUCCGUCAGCGGAAAUCUAGACAAGUACCGUCCUUCAAAGGCCCAAGACGGCCAUGAUCCGGGUGAAGCCAUGUCUCAUCUGGAAACGCCUGGUAAGGCUGCCAAGACAACAAUCUUCAGCACUCCCGCCUCCAAAAGAUCUGGUCUCCCCUGGGACGAAGACCAAACCAACGACACGGCAGUUUAUGGACUGCAAACACCCCACACGGGACGGAAGGCUCAGGGAGAUUUGUUUAUUGCAAGACCUUCAGCAGCGGCCAGCCCCUUCCCCUCUUCUGCCGCCAGUCAAGAAAGCAAUCGUAGAGUUGCAACACCCUACUCAACACCCUAUACUUCCAUUGAUGAAACGCCAAAGACAAGUCGCUUCAAGAAUCCAAUGGAUCAAGACCUAGUCGGCGACGUCUUUAGUCUGUUGCAAGAAUCCAACAUCGUCUUACCUGUUCAUGCCGAAGAGGAGCUUAAAACCUUGUUAAUAAGACAUGUAAAGCGUACAGAAGGUUUUAAGAGAGCACGAGACGUGACUCGUCUUGCUGUUAAGGCAAAGGACGCGAAAAUCACCGAGUUCACGUACCGGAUAGGUACCCUUGAGGCCGAGUUGGAGGCAGAGAAGGCCAUGGUGACGCAUCUACAAUGGGAGGCCCAGAACCAGACUUCGGAUUUUGACUAG